UUUCUUAACGAAGAUUAUAGCGUCUCUACCAGAGCAUCUGGAUCCUUGGAUUUUUUCACAAUUGUAACUAUGCGAGAACUGCAACUUCAUAUCAUAUCAUAUACCCAAACACGAUGCGGCCGGUGCAGCACGAACCUCGCCGGUACCCCAUUUGAGUGAUAUUCACUGCUGUUCGAUAUAUAUAUCUAGCUUAUAUAUACCAUCUACCAAAAAAAACUGGCGAAGAUGUUUGAAUAUCUAUUGCGAAGCAUUUGGAGGCAUACUCUCGUCAUUAUCGUCAUUAUAGUCAUUAUCAUCACCAUCACCAUUUUGGAUAUGUGGAAGGGGGAGAGUUGUGUCUUGAUAUUCUACUGUCCCAUUGUCGAUAUGUUUGCCUGGGUGGCAGGCAAGCGGUUUAGCCGUUUAGCAAUUUAGCAGUUUAGGUAGUGACGGAAUAACGUCAAAAGCAAUCGGUUGAAGUUUGAAAUCCUUCAGGCAUUUGGGCGUGGCGUUAACGCCGUCUGGGAGGAGGCAAGAGCGUUGAAUUUAUGAUAUUUCUGCCUAAGACGUGUAUUUCUUCUUACUGCAUUAGCUGAGUAUUGUCAUGAGUGUCAUACGUUAAUAACAAUAGUAUCGAAGUAACCGAGGCAAGUAAACCUCAAAACGUGUAAGAGUCGGACUUUUAGAAUUGGCUAAUAGAAAUGGCGCAAUGGAUUAUGUAUUUGUCAGGUUAGAAGGUGCACUGUUGCAUUAAAUCCGAAUAGUGAUUAAUGCCGAGAUAGCAAUAGCGCUAAGUUUAUAGCAAUGCAACUACCA